AGUGGAAGGAGGGUAGUUGCGGCUUCUUACUAUGUCCCUUACUUCAGGCCCUGGGCCUGGGUGGUUACUCUUUUCCUUUGGAAUGGGACUGGUAUCAGGCUCAAAGUGUCCAAAUAAUUGCCAGUGUCAAGCCCAGGAAGUGAUCUGCACAGGGCUACAGUUAACUGAAUACCCCUCUGACAUACCCCUGAACACCCGGAGGCUGUACCUGAAUAAUAACAGCAUCCGUUUUUUGCCAGCGAUGAAUCUAGGACUCCUCAGUGACCUUGUUUAUUUGGACUGUCGGAAUAACCUGAUUCAGGAGGUGAUGGAUUAUACCUUCGUCGGGGUCUUCAGACUCAUCUACCUUGAUCUCAGCUUCAACAAUCUAACCUUGAUCUCCCCAUACAGUUUCUCCGUGCUCAGCAACCUGGUGCAGCUGAAUAUCUCCAACAACCCUCAUCUGUUAUCACUUAAUAAGUACACUUUUGCCAACACCAGCUCGUUGAGAUACCUGGACCUCAGAAAUACCGGCUUGCAGACCUUGGACCAUGCUGCUUUCCAAAACCUCAUAACACUCCAGACCCUGUAUCUGAGUGGAAACCCUUGGAAAUGCAACUGCUCUUUCCUGGACUUCACCAUCUACUUAAUAGUGUCCCAUCUGAACCAUCCAGAUGAACUAAACGCCACGUGUGUGGAGCCCACGGAGUUGGUAGGGUGGCCCAUCACGCAGGUGGGGAACCCACUCCGGUACAUGUGCAUCACACACCUGGAUCGCCAAGACUACAUCUUCCUGCUGCUCAUCGGCUUCUGCAUCUUCUCCGCGGGCACCGUGGCCGCCUGGCUGACCGGCGUGUGCGCCGUGCUCUACCAGAACGCCCGCCGCAAGUCAAGCGAGGACGAGGCUGAGGACGAGCAUGGGCAGAGAGUAGAAGUCAGCAGGCGGAUUUUCCAAAGAGGGGUGGACUCAGGCCACGAUGGGUUCCCUCAGCUGAUUUAGUGGCCAGGGGCUGCUGACUGAUGGGCCUUUCCCAGGUUCCCUGCCUUCACUCUUGCCCUCCCCUUUCCACUCCUCAAUACUGUCCUAGAGAUUAGGCCCUAUUAGUAAAAUAAAACUUUUGGUAGCCAUUUCACAGGUUGGUCCUUUGCCAUUCAGCCAGCCCAAGGAUGAUUCCUCAAGCUCAGAAGGAUAGUGUAGAUCAAAGUCUAGAGAAGCUGUGGGAUGCCUCUAAAUGCUGAGGAAAGCUACCCCCAAAAUGGGCCAACUUGUGUUUGAUGAGCACCUACUAUGUCCUAAACUAAGUGUUGCGGGCAGGGAUACAAAAAAUAUGAGAUUUUUUUUUUUUUUUGUCUUUUUAGGGCCGCACCCGCAGCAUAUGGAGGUUCCCAGGCUAGGGAUUGAUUUGAACCUAUAGAUGCCUGC